ACUAAAUCGCGAUCGGGAGAAGAACGCCCAGCGUCCGAAUAAAUUAUUCUAAACAUAAAUAAAUAAACAAAUAAAUAAAGGAUCGAAUAAAAUGUUUAACUUCAUAUAUAUAAAGUAAAUUGUGCAGUGUUGCUUCAAAUUUAUGUUUAAAGUACCAUUAAAAAAGAUGUAAUUGUUUUCCCAGAUCAUUUUGCUUGCCAAAUCGAUUGUGGCUUGGUGUUGGCCAAGAAUUUUCAGACAGAAACCGGUUUUUUCGGUCCCACAAGUACAGUGAAUAAAAGAGAGAAAAUAAGAGAGUUUUAAAUCAGAUCGGGGAAGUGAAAACAUAAACAAACCCAUUAGCAAAAUAAUAACAACGCCAAGUGUUUGAAGAGGAAAAUGGCAACACGUGCGUCUCGGCACGAAUGAUUGGAAUUAUUUUACACCAUAGUGCUAUAUCACCGGAUAAUCAUGAGUUUGCCCCAGUUAAUCGAUGAUCUUCAGCGCCUUUCAGAGGAUCAGGAUAGUGCAGAUGUGGUAUUUGUUUGUGGCAGAGAUGAACGCAUAUAUGCUCACAGAUUAAUGUUGAUGGCUCGAUGCAAGAGUUUCAAGACGGCGAAGAGAGGUGAAGUGUGUCGUAUUCCCGGAUGCACAGUUUCUCCUGCCGUCCCAGGAACUUCUACUCCAACUACCAUUAGACUGCCCCACGUAAAUCCGGAACUAUUUAGGCAGUUCAUACUGUAUGUCUACACAGCAAAGUUGGUUCUGCAGGACUCGCAAGUUUUUCAAAUGAUGAUGAUGGCUCAGGACAUGGGAGUAGUUGAACUGCGCACCGCUUGUGAGGAUCAUGUACUGUCAACAUUAUCAGUGGAUAAUGCAUGUACUUUUUUGACAGCCGUUAUGGAUAUACACGAAAAAGCAGGUGCAAAAUGCGCUGCCUCGUUUAUGGAACGCUGCAUCAUCUUUAUAGGUGAAAAUGCCAGUGAAUGCGUCAAGACGAAUGCUUUCCUUACCUUAACAAAGGAUGCCAUUAUCAAGAUUAUUUCAUCCGACUAUUUUUGCUUGGAGGAGGAGGAAGUGUGGCGCUGCGUCUUAUCCUGGGCCAAAUACCAAGCCGGAGUCACCCAGCCCACUGCCCAUUGGACUGAGGAGGAACGAGCCCGUGUCUGCCAACACUUAAGCGGAGUAAUGGGCCACGUUCGUCUCCUCCUCAUAGACAGCCAAGUUUUUGCUGAGGAAGUGGAACCGACCGGGGCAGUACCCAUGGAACUUUCGCUCGAAAGAUAUCGCUAUGCCGCCCUGCAUGCCAACAAAAUGGUGGAUAACGAUAAAAGACUGCAGCCCCGCUUGACUGUAGCGGUCAACAUGUUUCCAGGAUCCCAAAUCCUUAAAAAUGACAAGCUUUCACUGCAGAAUGCACUCAAUAACUGGUUCGGAGUGCCCAAGCAAUCCUGGAGAUUGGUUUUCCGAGCGUCCACACACGGCUUCGAUUCGGGGGCCUUCCAUCGUUAUUGUGAUGGUGUGGCUCCUUGCAUGGUUAUCGGCUUGGGAUCGCAUGGAGAGAUCAGUGGCGGCUUUACGGAUGUGGCCUGGGCCAAAACGAGUCGGAAGGGUGGAUACGUACAGUCCGAGCGAGCAUUCCUUUUUGCUCUGAACCCUUCGAACGGCGAACAGCCGACCAAGUUUGACAUUGUUAAGAAACCCUACGCCAUCUGUUAUCAUCCUGAUUGCGGUCCCAUUUUUGGCGCUGGAGCGGAUCUGCUAAUCUCCAGCAACUGUAAUAUGAACAUGGACUCCUACUCGAACCUUCCGCAUUCCUACGACGGCGCCAACGCAGCGCAUUUGACCCUCUUCGGGGACUACAACUUCACCAUCGCCGACUACGAGGUUUACACCUUAGCCUCGCAAGGUGGAAGCGGUUCCACUGGAUCAAGUCAGAGCAGCAAUCACAAUCAGAACUCUUCGGCAAACGGACAAGCUCCUGGGGUGCCCACAAAGGGGAAAUACGAUAGAUACUAGAGAUCGGAAACAACCUGUACUUGCAUCAGCUAUGCUCGCAAUAAACCUAUUUCCUUGAACGAUCCAAA